AUGGUCACUAAAAAAAAGUGUUGGAGACUAAAAGGUGGGAUGUCUUUGGUAUCUUUUUUUUGUUUUUUUUGUUUUUUUUUGUUUUUUUUGCUUUUUAAUAAUAAUAAAAGCAUAUUAUAUGUGGAUUGUUUUAAUAAUGAGGGGCAUGAGGCGAUAGGUAUGGUUGCGAUGUCUGGUUUAAAGAAUGAGCAAUUAUAUGAGCUGAAGAAAUUAUUAAAUGGUAAGGAUUUAGUGGAUAUCGGAAAAUGGGGACAUGUAGUACAUGAUAAAAUAAAUGGAGCUAAAAGUAUGCAUUUUAAUUUACAAGAAAAUGAUUGUAGAAAUAUAAAUUUUGAAUGUAAGGAUACAAAUGGUUUAUGUUUAAUAAAUUCAAUAAAAUAUUUUUAUAAUAAAUUAUUAUCUACAAAUCCUGAUUCACAAAAUAAAAUAUAUACUAAUAUUGAUAAAAAGGAGACAUUAAAAAAAUUCAAAUUUAUAUAUCCAAGAAAUAUUAAUUUUACGGAUUCGGAUUCAUUGAAAUAUUUAAUAUCGUUAAUAAGUGAUUUACAUCAACCGUUAAGAAUAGGAUUUACUCAUGAUAAUGGAGGACAAGAUAUAAGCAUUACACAUUUUAAUAUGGAUGGAACUAAAAUUAAGACAAAUCUCUUUGAAUAUAUGGAUAACGAAAUUAUAGAUAAAAUGAUAAAUAAAUAUCAAUCAUCAUGGUAUAGUGGAUGGACACAUAUCAAUCGUAUUUUUGAUGAACAUAAAAAAGAUGAAGAAUUAUUUGAACAACAUGGAAUACAAGUUAUAGAUAUUUGGGCUAAACAAAUUAUAAGUGAAUUCUGUUCAGAAUUUUAUCUUCAUAAUUAUGUAACACAUUUUAUGAUGACUAAAGGAGAUCAAUUACAUUUUGAUACAUCCAAAAAUAUUGAUAUAUUUUAUGAUCUAGAGUUCUUAUUGGAAAGAUUGAUACGUUUUAAUAUAUUAAGAGCUGGUUCUAGAAUAUCUAUUAUAUUAAAUUAUAUUUUUUCAAAAAAAAAAUUUUCUCAUUUCAGAAAAAAAUCUAUUUUUGAUAAGGAUUUUCAAGAAUCACAAGGAUAUCAUCUUGCAUCCGCUUAUAAGAGCAAUGCUAUUUUUAUUAACCUUACAAUAAUAUUUGUCAUAUUGUUGCUACUAUUUUAUUUCAAUAUUAUCAUGAAACGAAGAAAUAAAAUGCACCUUCCCGAUAAAAUAGAACAUAUAGAAUUACAAGGAAAAUGUAACUAA